AAUAUUUGAAAUGUUUUUUGAAAAAAAUAAGUCCCACGAUAAGGCGACAGCGUUGGCACGCUUCAUUUAAUUGUACAUUUAAUUAUUAUUUAGCUAACUUGAUAUUUACAUAAAAACUGAUCAACAAAAAGAAGGCAGCCAUUAGUUGACGUUUGCAGUAUUUGAAGUGCAAACAUGUCUUCGCACAACUCUUUCAAUGUCGCCAAGAAAGAUAAGGAAGGGAGAAAUAUUCAAGUCGUUGUGAGAUGCAGACCCUUCAACAUCGCUGAACGCAAGUCUUGCUCCCAUGGAGUCGUUGAUACUGAUCAAAACAGAAAAGAGAUCAAUGUUCGUACUGGAGGGAUCGGCGACAAAGCCGCUAGGAAAACAUACACCUUUGACAUGGUGUUUGGUGCCGCAGCCAAACAAAUUGAAGUGUACAAGAGUGUAGUGUGCCCUAUUUUGGAUGAAGUGAUAAGUGGAUACAACUGUACAGUUUUUGCAUAUGGCCAAACGGGAACCGGAAAGACCUUCACAAUGGAAGGAGAAAGAUCUCCUGAUGAAGAAUUUACAUGGGAAGAGGACCCCCUUGCUGGUAUCAUUCCCCGUACCCUUCAUCAGAUAUUCGAGAAACUGUCUGACAGUGGAACUGAGUUUUCUGUCAAGGUUUCCUUGUUGGAGAUCUACAAUGAAGAGCUCUUUGACCUGCUGAGUCCAUCUCCCGAUGUCACUGAACGCCUUCAGUUGUUUGAUGAUCCACGUAAUAAGAGGGGUGUAAUCAUCAAGGGCCUUGAAGAAAUCACAGUACACAACAAAAAUGAGGUGUACCAGAUUCUGGAGCGUGGAUCUGCGAAGAGAAAGACUGCCUCCACUCUCAUGAAUGCCUACUCUAGUCGUUCUCACUCAGUGUUCUCUGUCACAAUUCAUAUGAAGGAGAUCACUGUUGAAGGAGAGGAACUGGUCAAGAUUGGAAAAUUAAACUUGGUUGACCUUGCAGGUAGUGAGAACAUUGGCCGGUCUGGGGCUGUGGAUAAGCGGGCACGUGAGGCUGGAAACAUCAACCAGUCUCUUUUGACACUGGGCAGGGUGAUCACUGCACUGGUGGAGAAGAGGCCCCAUGUUCCCUACAGGGAGUCCAAACUAACCCGCAUCCUCCAGGACUCGCUGGGAGGACGUACCAAGACGUCAAUCAUUGCCACAGUUUCCCCAGCCUCCAUCAACUUGGAGGAAACUCUGAGUACCCUGGACUAUGCGAACAGGGCCAAGAACAUAAUGAACAAGCCUGAAGUGAAUCAGAAGCUGACUAAGAGAACUCUUAUCAAGGAAUACACAGAAGAAAUUGAACGUCUAAAACGGGAUUUGGCUGCCACUCGUGAUAAGAACGGAGUGUAUCUGUCAUCUGAGAACUAUGAGAACAUGUCAUGCACAAUAUCUUCCCUAGAGGAGCAGGUAACAGAAUACACUGACAGAAUUGCAGCUGUGGAGGAGGAACUGAAGAGGGUCACAGAGCUGUUUGAUGACAGCAAGGAGAAGCUGGACCAGUGCACCAAUGACCUAGAAGAGAAGAAACAGAAGCUCGAGGAGACUCACAAGAACCUGCAAGAGACUAAGCUGAAGCUCACAGAAGAGGAAUUGAUGGUGUCUGAGUUGGCUACCACUGAGAAGAAGCUGUACAACACUGCAGACAAGUUGCUGACGACGGUUGAUGCUAGCACUAAAGAUGUUUUUGGCCUGCAUGCCAAACUGGAGAGGAAAAAGCAAGUUGAGGAGCACAACUCUGAGAUCCAGAUGACAUUCGCUGAACGCAUGGAUGCAGUUUUCAGCCAGAUGCAGAACUCCACAGAACAACAGUUUAUCAGGCAGAAAAGCAUGUUGGAUUCCUACAGAGCCUCAGUUGAGGGUCUUCUCACAGUGAAUGACAAAGCUUUCAAAGGGUCCAUGGCUACCGUAGCUACAUCCUUCUGUGGCCUCAAAGACUUGGUUACUGAUGGCAUGACCAAGUGUCAGGCUAAAAUAAUGGAACAAGAGUCACUGUGCGAGGAGGCAAAAUGCAGCCUGCACCAGGUUUUGGAAGAGCAUAAGAUGGAGCUUGAGGUUGUCCUUUUGGCCCAAGUUUUGCCGGGCCUCAGUGCCAUCACAGCCAUGAAUGAAAGCCUGAAGAAAACGUUGGAGAGCCGCCAUUCUCUGGCAACAAGGUUGGAGUCCAUGAAGGUGGAGAUGAUGUCAUUCUUCAGCGGACUUGCCCAAGACCUGGCUGCCCUGAGGGGAAUGGCUACAGAAGGUCUUGACUCCCUAAAAAUUGAGCACCAGAAGCUAAAGGAACAGAUCAGCAGAGCAGACAAGGAAAAUGAGACGGGUAUGAACCAAAUGAUUCAGUGUCUACAGAACCAAUUGAAUCUCCUGGUCAUUGAGAACCGUAAUAGCUAUGCUGGCCUGAUGAAUGCCUCAGACUCCCUGCAUGUCCCUGUCCACUCCCUUCAGCAGACACUCCAAACGUCAGUCAGUGCUCUUGAAAACCAGACCACCAUGCAAAAGGAGUGUAUGGAGUCCAGCACCGUCAGCCUGAUCUCUGAGUUUAAUCAGAAUGCCUUGGAAGCCCAGCACACAGUAGAGGAGUGCUCCAACUACUGCAGUCACCUGCACAGCUCUCUGACCCAGCUGGGUGAGAAGAGCCUGCAGUGGUGUGCCUCCACCAUGGAAAGCACUGACUCCCGGGCUCAGGCUCAGCUUACCCUGAUCAGACAGAACAACGCAUCCGCUCAGAACUUGCUCCUGAGUGUGGAGCAGUGCUGUGAGGAAAGGGUACAGGAGGUGAGUGGGCAGCUGAAGCAGCAGCAAAGGAAGGUUGAGGAGGACCUGAUGUCAAUGAAGGAGAAAACCUCACUGGAUCAGAACACCUUGGAACAUCAACAGACUGAACUCAAGGCCCACGUGGAUGAUGGCCUGGUUCGUGUCCACCGGUUCCUCAGCGAGGAACUCAAACAGGAUGUCCCAACUGGUACAACUCCUCAGAGGAGAGACUUUGUGUACCCACGUGUCCUGGACAAGUCCAAGAGCAGGGCAGAACUGCUGGAGAAUCUCCGCCACAAGCAGGAGGAGCUGCAGGCAGCCCUGUUGCAAUGUGACACGUUGGAGGAGGAGGAGAAGCAGGUUGAUCAGGACUCUCUGGAGGACGAGGUGUACAAUGACAGCAAUGUCACAGAGCCGUCUUACAUUGAUGAAAAUCUAAUGUGCUAUGAAAAUGGAAGAGUUCCUUUCUUCAAGCAAAAGAAGGCCAACAAGAAAGAAAACAAAUCCCUCAGUCGUUCCAAGAUGGCAGAAAAUGAAUCUCAGGCAACACCACCUAAGUCCAAAUUACCGCUCAGGUGUCAAAACUAGUUGAAUGUCAUUGUCCUUUGUUUCUUACCAUUUGUUUUAAUGUUUUGCCUUUUACUAUUUUUCUGUUCUAUAUAAGUGAUGCCUUUUGUGUUGACUUUUAAAAAUGGAUGAAUGAAUUUAACUGUACAUUUCUUAAAUUUGUAUGUGUAAAACUAUUAUUAAACUGUUAUUUUAAAGAUG